AUGUUGCAAUACUCGAAAUCGUUUAAAUCGAUCGGAAAACGUACGGGUGAUUUGUACUCGCGAGCGCGCUCGAAAUUCGCGCGAUCUUUUCGCAACAAUCGACAAUCCGACCCGGGCUUGCAAGGCGGCGAUCAGUGGACAGUCUCCGUCGACUAUGAUGGCACAAUUGAUGGACAUUUGUGCGUGAAUCGGGGAGAUCGUGUUGAGUUAAUCGAAUCCCCAGGUGGUACAACGGAUCUCGUAUUGGUGGCGUUAGCUGAUGCGCGUGAACGACAAGGGCUCGUCCCAUUCUCGAUCCUCUUGCCCGAUCAACCGAGUGGCUCUGGGGCUUCAACCGAUCGUCCAGAUGCCUCUCCAGCCGGCAGUGCGCAAUCAAAAAGGAAAUCGUUGAGAGGUUUAAUCGGUGGGAAAAAGGAGCGAGCUUCGCCAGUGAACGCCUCAUCCACUGCCAGUGUCACCCAUUCUGAGAGGAACUCGCUUUCCGGUCCCUCGUUUCACCAGAACAACAGCAGCGAUCACUCGGGGACUCCUGUGCAAAUACAGCCACUCGCCAACAACUCGUCAUCACUGUCGAGUUGUGCCACAAUUCCCACAAGCCUGCCACCUCCAAUGAUCGACUUACACGUGCCGCUCUCAACCACGAUGAACAACACUGACAUAAACACGCCAAUGAACAACGAUAAUGGAGAGAAUUUGAACAAUGAAGACAACUCACAAGCCGGUGCCUCGAAUUCGGAAAAUAAUGGAGAAGUUGUUGAAGAAAGACAAGAGAAAAGCCCACAGGAAACGGCGAGACUCAAGAGGAGCUACGUGUUAAUGGAGUUGGUUGAGACGGAGAAAGACUACGUGAAAGAUCUCGCGAGCGUCGUCGAGGGAUACGUGGCAAAUUGUGAAGCCAAUUUGCCCGAGGAUUUACUCGGAAAGGACAAGAUUAUCUUCGCCAAUAUUGCGCAAAUUCAGGAAUUUCACGCGAAUUCGUUCUUGAAAGAGAUUGAGAAAAGCCUUCACGACUACAACGCGGCCGGAAGAGCUUUCGUCAAAUAUGAAAGACGCUUGGAGAAUCUCUAUGUGAAAUACUGCCAAAACAAGCCGAAAUCCGACUAUCUGGUGGCCGAGGAGCGAUUUGAACAAUUUUUUGCUGAAACAAAGCUGAAACUCGGUCACAAAGUGGCGCUAUGCGAUCUUCUCAUCAAACCAGUGCAAAGAAUCAUGAAAUAUCAAUUGCUCUUGAAAGACAUUCUAAAGUUCACCGAACGAGCCAAUGACGACACAACGCAUCUCAAUAAAGCUCUGCGGGUGAUGCACGUUGUGCCGAAAGCUUGUGACGAUAUGAUGCAAGUUGGACGUUUGCAGAAUUUCGAUGGAAAUCUCAGCGCUCAGGGGAAAUUGUUGUAUCAGGGCACCUUGUCGAUCAGUGAAUCAGUCGGGGGAAAAGUCGAUAAACCAAAAGAUCGCCGAAUUUUCCUUUUCGAACAAUCCGCAAUCAUCGCCGAUCACAUUCCGCCAAAGAAAGAGUUCGGCAAUCCCACGUAUAUCUUCAGAAGUCAAAUUAUGGUGAACAAGAUGAUGUUGGAAACGAAUGUGGCCGAUGAUCCGCUCAAAUUUGUCAUCAAAAUGGACGAGAAAAAAGCUGGCGCAUCGGCUCCGGCUGACGCUGGUCCACAACCGGCAUUCAUCGCCCUAUCACAGACUCCCGAGGAGAAAGAUCAAUGGAUCGCAGCGCUUUCGGCUCAACUGGAUCAACAGAAAGUUCUGUUAGCUGCUCUAGUCGACCCGAAGCGAUAUCAAUCGCAGUUGGCCGGUGGAAUGGAUAAUUUAGGGCUUGAUGACAAGAAGCCAGGCAGUGGCUCGGCGACAGCGCCAGUGAUGUCAUCGUCGCAGAACGCUUUCGGCAAGCUUGGCACAUCAGCUCCAAAGGGUGCCCCAGGGAAAGUUGACUCGCCGAGACACGGCUCAGCCUCAGGCGCCUCAUCAAAGGAUCAAGGAAAGACGAAAAGUGGAGGAUUGUUCAGUUUCGGGAAAAAAGCGCAAGCGAAAUCACCCACCAGUCCACCACCAACAAAUAAGGCAUUUCCCGUUCGUUUAUUUGCUGAAGCGGCCACAAAUUAUAGGCCAUUGCACAGCGAUGGAAUUGCGUUAGCGUCUGGAGAAGAGAUCGAGAUCCUUGACGUGUCGAAUGGAUACGCUCGAGUGCAGAGAAAGACUGGUGAAAGAGGAAAAGUGGCGACUGUCUUUUUAAAAUUGAAUCAAAUUCCUGGCAACAAUUUGGCUGAACAAAUACGGUAUCGUCGAAUCUGGACAGCCGUCGUUGACGAGAUCGAGGUGGCACUCGAUGAGGAGCAGGCAUUUCAGAGUUGCCUCCCGGGAGAUCCUAGCAAUCCACUAACUCCAAGCGAAGCAAUCAUCAAUGGAAGGCUCAAUUUGAAUUCGAAAGCUUUGAUCCCUGAUGGACGACCAAUCGUUGUCAAAAGACUUCAGGAUCAAGUCGUAAAAGAAGGCG